AUGGAUACUAACUCCCGGGCUACGCCUGUCCCCGAGCUUGACUUGACUUCUGCGGUGGAAAUGCGUGACGAGGGUAGCGUCGACUCCUCCGAUUCUGCUAGUGCGGUUGCUGUACCGGCUCCGGUUGCCGGUAGAUCGCAUGCAAACCACAACAAAAACAUGGAUGUUGACAUUCUGCCACAAGUCCCGGUUUCAAAUCGAUUCUCAGUUCUUGCCGCAUUCCAAAACUCGGCCGAAACUCACGAACAAAAUAAAAACGUUGGUUCAAAGUACGGUCAUUCUGCUUCAAAUUGCAAUCUCCCACCUCGAUGUGUCAAAUGCGCGGGGGAUCACCACACGUCUGCCUGCUCGAAAUCUUUGGAUACCCCUCCAAAAUGCGUCAAUUGCGGUGGUGAUCAUACCGCUAAUUACUCGCAAUGCAAGUCGUUGGCAGAAUAUCUUGCGGCUCGCAGUAGCAAUGUACCUAAGCAACGUGGCAUUGCUUUUAAAAAUCCCAUGAUGGAUCCCCUUCCUUUGCCUCCCGUUGUUCCCCCGUCAACUGGAUUGCGGGAGUCCUAUGCUGAUGUUCUCGCCGGUAAGAAAUCCACUCAAUUUGAUUCCCCUGCUUCCGGGAACAUCCUAGCUGAUAGUGGAAUAGGCACGCUACUGGAGAUUAAAAAUUCUAUUGCCGAACUUGAGUUAUUGGUUAAUCUAAAACAAAUUCUAUCUGUCACCCAGAUCCUUGUUGCAAGGCUUCGUGCUUGCCGUUCGAACGCUGAAAAAUUGCAGGCCUUUUGGUCUGUCCUUAGUCAAAUGGACUAG